AUGGUGUACGUGUCGAACGGUCAAGUUUUGGACAGUAGGAGCCAAUCACCAUGGCGACUGUCUUUACUCAUAGACCUGUUCUGGGGAGUUGUGGCGUUUUUUAGCCUAUUCUUUAAAACAAUAAUUGACCCCGACCUGUCAAAAGAUGGACAAAGUGGUUCGUCGCGGUUUUCUGAUGGUAGAGGUCCUCCUGGUCCUCCUGGUGGUAGAAGGCGGAUGGGGAGAAUAAACUUUGGUGGCGGGCCUAGUCCUCCUCCAAUGGGGGGAGGAGGAUGAGGAAGGUGA